AUUGAAGGAUCCGAAGAAGAUGAUGAUGCUUCCACUGAUCCCAAAAUCUAACAUCAACGAGCAUUACACUUAAACCAUAUCGACAUGUAUUUUUAGUACCUAAACAAGUUAAAAGAAAAAACACGAAUUUCCUUGCGUCAAUAACAUAUUCAUACGAUCGACUUGAUACAUACACAAUUCAAUCUACACCUCAAACUCCAUUGAACAUCUCAUCCUCUUACAUUUGCAAUGAUACUUUGUGACAAGAUUCAUAAAAAAUGUUUACUAGUAUAAACUCUCUGAAGUGUGAGAAAUUAUUUGCUAUGUGAUAUACCCCAAAAGAUAUCUUUUGGAGGGGGUCACUGCUUAGGCAUGGCAUUCCUUCCAAUCUUCUUGGCAUGGCAAUUCUUCGACUUCUUUGACAAUGUGGAAACCCCAUGAAGCUGAGAUGAUCAUAACUUUGCACCUAAAAACUGAAAUAUCACAUUGGUACAAUCAGGACUCACAUCACAUACAAGAAUAUAAUAAGCUUGUUCGGAGAUCCGUGAAGCAAUUUUGUAGCUAUUUGAACCUAAUUAAAUGAUUAAGAUCAUGGUAGAUGAGUGUACUAGACAUAAUUUAAAAGGGUUCACCAAAAAUGCCACCAUAAAUUAUCCAUGAAUCUUGGUUUGAUGUUCUUUUGGUGAUGAGAGCCUCACCUCAAAGAAAAUGCACACUUCUAUCAUGCUCUUCAAGAAGCAUAUGAAGAGGAGAGGCUACAAUAUACAGUUCAUGGAGCCUUUAAACUUCAACAUCAAUGGUCUUUCAACAUAGGGCAACUAUAAUUUUAAUUUGAACCAAUCAGAUGGCAAAAUAAGAGGAAGACAUGUUUUUAUUGUAAUGAGAAUUUGGGAAAUCAUAUAGCUAAGAUAAUUUCUAAAAUAUCUUGGAGUUCUGACAGAUGGCUCAGUUCCUGUGAUGAUGCACAUUAAUAUUAUGAGUGCCUUUAACUAUGCUAAAAAUUAUCACAGAAGGAGAGAGCCUAUUGAGUUCAAAUAUCACUUCAGGAGAAACAGACUGUUAUUUUGGUUGAUCACUUUUACACCAUACAACUUCACCAAAUAUGAAAUGGAAGUAAUUGAUCCUAUUUGAAGGACAUCUGAGGCAAACUGGCUGAAGACUAUGUGCAAAUUCUACCUAAAUUCCCCCAAGACCUGAUAUCUUUAGAUCCACUGAAUACUACAUAAAAUAGCUGUUAGGUAAAUUAAUGGAACAGUCAGCAUUUGCACACUUGUUCUUUAGGGUGCUUUAAAACAAGUGUCCACAUUAGCUAGGAUUCACUUACUUUUCUGCCAGUUCUAAUAUAGAAUUACUCAGUUGGGUCCCAAAUAUCUGAUAGCCUGCUUCAAAAGUAUAUAAAAGCACUUGGGUGACAUUAAGAAAUUGCCCACUUUAGAAAACUAGUCUCCAGAGAGAAGACCAAAUCAUGAUAAUUCCCUGGAUUUCCCUGCAGCUCUAUUUCCUGUGUUCUUUCCUUCUUCUCCCUGUUCAAUGAUCACAAACUUGUGAGGUUUCCGAAGUACCAUGUAUUAAGUAAUAAUAGAUGAACACUUUUUAGCAAGAAAAAUAAAUAAAUAAAUAAAAAGAACAUCAGAGAGUUUAUUUCAAAGUGAACAAGCAUGCUUCUAGAAUCAAAAAUCAAAUUGACAUUGUGCAUGAUGUAUGUAUGAAAGGCACUUGAAUAUGGAGAUAAAUUUUUUAUGUUGCAUGAAACAAUAUUGUUGAGUUUUUCUUCAUGCAAUGGGAGCAUAGUUCUCCAUGUGAGUUCUAGUCUUGUGCCCUUGGAAAGCAGCAGCAUCCACUGUUGCUCUUUUGCUUUAUUUCAAAGAGAAAAAGCAACAAACACCUGAUGUGCGAUACUUGAGUUGCUCGUAGUUUUUGUUGAAGUGAGGGAACCUGUGCUUUAGGAAUCCUACGAGCUGCAUGUGAUACUGAGAAGCAAUAUAAAUAUGAAAAAAACAGUGAAAGAGGAAUGUGUUCUCCAUGGAAAAAGGAAAAGAGGAAAAUUAAAGAGUCAUGGGAGAAGUAAUGGAUGAGAUAUAGGAAAAGUAGGGUAUAUAGCAGCAGGAAUAACGCAGAAAAGCAUAAAGAAGCGCAUUCAGCACGAGAAACCAAGUACUUGUUUUAUUUCAUUGGGUGCAUGGAUAAGAGUGCUUCCUUGUUGUAAGAGGAAAUCCUAAAGCACAGGAUGAUGAUCACAGAAGAGAGAUAAAGCAGGUGUUUCUUUUGCUGCUGCCGUACUCCCUGAACAUCUCCUUUAGUGCUUGCUUAGUGAGGGGGGAUUUGGAGGGGAGGGAAGGGAACCACCGGAAAGAUACUUCGCUUCCCAAGGAUGGCGUGCCAAUCUCUUUAUUCAUACAUGACAGAACCUUCUAAAACAGCCUUGGAUUUGCUUGGGUUGCAGCCAUAUGAUUGGAGUGAAUCCGAAUUCUCUAGGUGUUUUUUGGGUUACUGAGCUUUGUGCUUUUGGACCAAAACCCAUAUGGCGAUGAAUGAGAGGACUAUAUCUACAGGGAUGGGGCCUUUUAAGGCCGAACCAGAAGGGCCUCUCACAUCUCUGUGGCUAACUGGAGGACCGAUGGGAAUCUGCACUCGUAGGCUCCUCCUCCUUGUACUUCUCGUGUGCGUUUGGUUGUUUUCCUGCAAGCCAGAGGAGGUCUACGGCAUCAGGUGGAACGAAGAAGAACAUGCAAGGACAGUAAAGAAGGAACGCAGCCUUACCCAUACUGGUGUCGUCAGCCUUGAUGCGAGCAAGAAAUCUGCAGCAGAGCCAUCGCCUGUGGAUCCUAACAAGAUGAGCAAACGAAGAGUUCGAAGGGGAUCAGAUCCCAUCCACAACCGGUGCUGAAGCUUCGUGAGCGCUCUUCCUUAUCGUCGUCCAAAACUAGCUGGGAGGAUGUUGCAUCCAUGAAGCAACUAAAGCCGGGAAAAGAAAUCCAUCACGCGAAGAACUGCAAGGAGAUCAUGAGGUUUCGUUGCUGCUUGUAAUGCUUUGUUUCUUUCCUCAUUUGACAGUUCAAUCAUCCAAUGGUUUUGCUAGAGAGGAGGCAUCUGUAAAUAGCCGGUUAAAGGGAAAGAAUGGAGGAUUACAGUAAGACAACUUGGGCAUCACAAAUUUAGAUC